UGGAGGACGUUUAUCCUUUAUGUGGGAUAUCGUGGUGCUGUGCGUAAUACAUUGGCGCAGAGUUAUUCUUUCGUUUUACAAAAGAUUUACAGCAGGAGAUGGAGCCAAUAGCUGCCUCGCUGCCCCCUGGUCCGGAUUCCGGUUCCUCCCCUCAUUCUAAACGGACCAUGUCUCCAUUCUCCAGCAGCAGUAGCAGCAGCAGCAGCUCCUCUAUGAAACCCAACCAAGUGAGCGAGACCUCUCUGUACGGGGUGCCCAUCGUGUCUUUGGUUAUAGACGGUCAGGAGCGUCUGUGUCUGGCCCAGAUCUCUAACACCCUCCUGAAGAGCUACAGCUAUAAUGAAAUUCACAACCGGCGCGUGGCUCUGGGUAUCACGUGCGUGCAGUGCACCCCGGUACAGCUGGAGAUCCUGAGGCGCGCCGGUGCCAUGCCCAUCUCCUCCCGCCGCUGUGGCAUGAUCACCAAACGGGAGGCCGAGAGGCUCUGCAAGUCGUUCCUGGGUGCGCACAGCCCUCCUAAACUACCCGAGAACUUCGCCUUCGACGUGUCGCAUGAGUGCGCCUGGGGCAGCAGGGGUAACUUCAUCCCUGCCAGGUAUAACAGCUCCCGUGCCAAAUGCAUCAAGUGCGUCUACUGUAGUAUGUACUUCUCACCCAACAAGUUCAUCUUCCAUUCACACCGCACCCCAGAGUCCAAAUACACCCAACCGGACGCGGCCAAUUUCAACUCGUGGAGGCGCCAUUUAAAACUCGCGGAGAAGCGCGAGUCUGAUGACAUAGCCCACGCGUGGGAAGAUGUCAAAGCAAUGUUUAAUGGUGGCAGCAGAAAGAGGACCAUGCCUGGAAGUGGGUGCGAGAUACCAUCCACAGUGAAAGCGCAAGUCCAGAGACCGGUGACGCACGAGAUCCCGCACAAAAGCGCACGCUGCAAUGAGGGCGCGCGCAAUUACCCCGUUAUCCCAGUCCCCAGCAAAGGGUUUAGCAUGCUCCAAAAAAUCCCUCCACCCCUCUUCCCGCACCCGUAUGGCUUUCCUCCGUUUGGUUUGUGUCAAAAAAAGGAUGACAACAUUACUGAGCAAAAUAAGAUCCCUGGUGUGUUUUGGCCUGGCACGAAAGACAGCCUGUACCCAUCUUUUCCUGUUUUCUGGCCCACCCUGCCACCCUACCAUGCACCCCCAAAACCACACGAGCUCCCUGGGACACGCCAGACUGAGACAGAUGUCACUGACCACGACCGUGCAGGCAGCAGCACUCCAAGAGACAGUCCACUGUCACUUGAGGACAAAUCUGCGGAUGAAAUGAGGUCCAGUGAGGGACAUUCAAGCCACGUAUCGGCAUUCAGACCCGUCAUUAAGGACGCCGAAAGCAUAGCAAAGCUGUACAACAACCGGGACACGUACCCACCCCCACGAGCUGGACACCUGUCCCCGGAUUUAGCCAGUGAUACCUCCAGUUACAGAUCCGUCUCUCCAGGGGUGGACAGCGCAGCAGAGGUGGACGUGGAGUCCGGCAGAGAUACACACGAAGACGAUGAUGACUCUGUCCAGCUGUCUGUAGAGGACAGACAAAGUCCAGUCAGACACAUCCUGUCCCGAACUGGACAUGAGGAACUGAUGGAGAGCAGAGAUGAGCAGGACAGAGUCUCAGAGACGGAACAAGAGAGGGUUAAAGAACGAGAGCCAAAAUGUAACGACACACCGACUUAUGAUGUGUGUGCGGCUGAAAAGGACGCCAGGGUCUCAUUGAACUCACCACCGCUUUCAGUGCCCAAAUAUCCUCGACCCAGUGAAGCACAUGAUUUAAAUAAAUCCAGUCAUUCUUUGCUUGAGGAGGAAUGGGAAUCCCAAAAAUCCCAGCUGGACAGAUUAAGCGUUUGUAAAGAAGCUGAGAUUGAAGGGGCUCUGAGGACUAACAGUAGAUUUCACCUGGUAGAAAAAGACAUCGAGCACAUGGCGAAAGAAGAGUUGCAAAAACAGCUGGUGGAGCAAAUGGAGCUGAGGAAGAAAAUGGAACGAGAGUUUCAGAAUUUAAAAGAUAAUUUCCAGGACCAGAUGAAGAGGGAGCUGUCCUAUCGAGAGGAGAUGGUGCAGCAGCUGCAGAUAGUCAGGGACACUUUGUGCAACGAGUUGGAUCAAGAGAGAAAGGCUCGUUAUGCAAUUCAACAGAAGCUAAAAGCUCACGACGCUUUACACCAUUUCUCCUGCAAGAUGCUCACUCCACGCCACUGCACAGGAACAUGCACUUUUAAACCACCUCUCCUGCCACCUUAAUCCACAGCAUCCUGGACUUUGCAUACACCAAAACCAAAAGAUCUACCCCAGGAAUGCUUUCAGAGGAGAACUUGUGUUAUGUGAGCGUUAAACUCUCCAAGGGCUGCGAACGUGCAAGCUUUCCAAAUCGAGUUCUGCUGAAACGGACGCGUUAAAGGGGACUUUUCUUUUAACUGGACCUGGGAUCUGGGAUCUGGCAAGCUGGUAAAGCAGAAGAAAUGAACUGUUCUUUAUGUGUAUAAUAAUAAUAUGAUAAUGAUGAUGUUUCUUAAAAUGCGCCAAGUGGCGAUGUGCAAUGAAUUGAGUUCCACGAUUUUAUGUUCUUAAAUUCUAUUUAUUCCAGAUCGAUUCAUUGAUGUGCUCACCCAAAUGAACUGUAUGUCUAAGCACUUUAAACGGGAAAUGAUUAAGAUUUACCUUUAAUGAAUUAAAGAUGCUGAAACUCACUUGUUGCUGUGUACAGAAAAAGCACUUAGUCCACCUGACCCAGAUACAUUCAGACCUUAUAAGCGGUUAUAAAUAUAGAUAUAUGUGAUAACUUGACUGUGUACUAUGACUUUUCGAGUGUAUUUUCAGGAAUAAAAUGAUCCUUCCUUCA